AUGGACAACACCGGAAACCGCCUCUACCUGAACUUCGGGAAUAAUAACGAACGGCUUGCUCCUUCUGAUCGGACCUACCCGACCACGCCUUCAACGUUUCCCCAGCCCGUCUUCUCAGCCGGGGCCGCUCCGGGCCAGUCGCAGAUUCCGCCUAGCAGCUCCCAGUCUGCACAGCAGAGCCAGCCAUACACGUCCGGCUUUGCGCAUCCCGGCUACUUCCAGCAAAACCAAUACCCUUCCCAGUACGCUGCUGCUCAACUCGGCUCCCAUACUUCGGAUUACGCUUCUGUCAACCAAAACACGAACUAUGCACAGGCGCGGUCUACCGCUCCCGGUACCAGCAAUGACCCCAACACAGGCUUGGCUCACCAGUUCUCCCACCAGAAUUUGGGUGGCGCUGCCAGGGCUUCGCCAUAUGGGGUAAGAGGCCCGCCGUCUGCCCCGAGACCCCGUACAGCUGGUGCAGCUGGACAACAGGCAGGAUAUGGCGGCUACUUGAACGCGCCCCUUCCCACCCAAGCUCCCCAGCUAGAGUUCCAACCCGCGCCAGAACGCAACCCCGACAAGUACGGACCCAAUGCGAAUAACAACCAGAAGAAGUGCUCUCAGUUGGCCGCCGACUUCUUUAAGGACAGUGUCAAGCGAGCCAGGGAACGGAACCAGAGGCAGAGCGAAAUGGAGCUCAAGCUCUCCGAGACUCAGGACCCCCGCCGGCGCGAAUCGAUUUGGUCGACGGGAGGCAGGAAGGAGGGUUCCUAUCUACGUUUCUUGCGAACUAAGGAUAAGCCCGAAAACUACAGCACAGUCAAGAUCAUUGGAAAGGGAGCUUUUGGCGAGGUCAAACUGGUGCAAAAGAAGGCCGACGGCAAGGUCUACGCCAUGAAAUCCCUCAUCAAGACUGAAAUGUUCAAGAAGGACCAGUUGGCACACGUGCGAGCGGAGCGAGACAUUCUGGCCGAAUCCGACAGCCCCUGGGUUGUGAAGCUCUUCACCACCUUCCAGGAUGCAAACUUCUUAUACAUGCUGAUGGAGUUCUUGCCUGGGGGAGACUUGAUGACUAUGCUCAUCAAGUACGAGAUCUUCUCAGAGGACAUCACACGCUUCUAUAUUGCCGAGAUCGUGCUGGCCAUUGAGGCUGUUCACAAGCUUGGCUUCAUCCAUCGCGAUAUCAAGCCCGACAACAUCCUUCUUGAUCGGGGUGGCCACGUCAAGCUCACAGAUUUCGGCUUGUCCACGGGCUUCCACAAACUGCAUGACAACAACUACUACCAACAACUGCUCCAGGGCAAAUCGACAAAGCCGAGGGGAGACAGGAACUCGAUUGCGCUUGAUCAGAUUAACCUUACCGUCAGUAACCGAGCCGUUAUUAACGACUGGCGAAGAUCGCGGAGGUUGAUGGCCUAUUCGACUGUCGGUACCCCCGACUAUAUCGCGCCCGAAAUCUUCACUGGGCACGGCUACUCAUUUGACUGUGAUUGGUGGUCUCUAGGCACCAUCAUGUUUGAGUGCCUGGUCGGCUGGCCUCCAUUCUGUGCCGAAGAUAGCCACGACACGUAUCGCAAGAUUGUGAACUGGCGCCAGUCUCUCUAUUUCCCCGACGAUAUUCAGCUUGGCGUGGAAGCCGAGAACCUGAUUCGAAGUCUCAUUUGCAAUUCGGAGAACCGUCUUGGACGAGGCGGAGCUCACGAGAUCAAGAGCCAUACCUUCUUUAGGGGCGUCGAGUUCGAUAGCUUGCGCAGGAUCCGCGCUCCCUUCGAACCGCGCCUGACAUCGAACAUCGACACGACCUACUUCCCCACUGACGAGAUCGACCAGACAGACAACGCCACCUUGCUCAAGGCCGCUCAGGCCGCUCGCAGUGCCUCUGUCGCCAACGCGCCCCAGCAGGAGGAGAGCCCCGAGAUGAGCCUGCCCUUCAUUGGAUACACAUUCAAGCGGUUCGAUAACAACUUCCGGUGA